AUGGCAGCCUUCGAAGGCUUUGUGCCGGCCGAGUUCUUCACCUACGAGGGUCGCCUGGGGUCUUUCUCGGAGAACUAUCCAUUCCCGAAACGACGCGCAUCUGGGGCGACCAAAGGCGCAAAGAACCUGACCUGGCCGCACGCCAAUUACCUUUUCGCCGAAGACCUAGCUAAAGCCGGCUUCGUCUGGAAACCUUGGCCCGAUAACCCCGACAAUGUUGUGUGUUUUUUGUGCAAUAAAUCUCUUGAUGGCUGGGAAGAAGGAGACAACGCGCUUGUGGAGCAUAUUAAGCACUCUCCCAGCUGCGGAUGGGCCAUUGUCGCAGGCAUUGAAGCGAACGUUGGUGAUCUGGCGGCGGAGGACCCCUCAAGCACCCGUAUGAUUGCCGCCAGGAAGGCGACUUUCGGUGGCCGCUGGCCCCAUGAGAACAAGAGAGGUUGGAAAUGCAAGACGAAACAGCUGGCUGAGGCGGGGUGGAAGUACACGCCUUCCCUGGAAUAUAAUGACAUGGCGACGUGCACCUACUGCGAACUCGCUCUGGACGGAUGGGAACAGGGUGAUAAACCUAUGGACGAACACCGCAACCGAUCCCCAGAGUGCCCGUUCUUUGCUUUGAAAGAUCAGUACAGCGCGACCAAAAAGACCAAGGGCAAGGCAGCUAGGGGCUCCAAGGCCACUAAUUCGAGGUUAUCUGUACAAUCGGUUGCCACUGCAGCAUCAGACAUUACGUCGAUCGCCGACGCCACCGCAGAGGUUGACGACAGUGUUCUGACCACGGCAUCAAUGGCUAGCAAGAAGGGCACCCGCGCCAAGAAGGCUCCGGCAACGAAGGGCAGGAAGACAAAGGCCAAGAAGGAUGAGCCUGUCGAGGUUGUCGAGACCGAGAUGAUGGAAGACGAAGAAGUACUGCCACCGCCAUCUAAGCCUGCUCGUGGCCGCAAGCGCCCGAGUGAUGAGGUAGACGACUCAGCCCUCACCGUGUCGGAAGCACCCGCCCCCAAGAAACGUACAGCCCGCGCCCGCGCAAAGGGUGCCGCUGACAGCUCCGUCAUCGAACAAUCGCAACAAGACAUCAGCAUUGCCGACGCCCAGCCACCAGCAAAGGCCCCCAAGGGUCGCAAGACCGCCCGUGCUUCUGGCACCAAGGGAACACGGAAAGCAUCAGGUACAUCUCUGAGGUCUACUGCUUCGACUGCCUCUAUGCGAGCUGCACCGGGCGCGUUCCCCGAGGACGAGGACGAGAUUCAACGCCAGUUGGAGGCAGACUUGGAACGCCCGUUGACAGACGACGAAGACAUCAUGCAGGACUCCGAUUCUGAACGAAAGAAAGCUCCCGUGGAGAAGCCCAAGACAAAGAAGACGCGUGUCCGCCAGGAUGAAGCCGCCAGCCCCGAGCAUGCAGACAGCCAAAUGUUCGACGCUGAGCCUUACGUUGCAAACGAUGAGGACGUCGAUGAAGAGUUUAAGCAACUGGAAGCUGAGAUGACGAUCGACGAGCCUGAAGUUCUCGAAGUGCCGAAGAAGGGACGUAAGGCUGCCGGCACCCGCAAAGUGUCGAAGCAGACGAAAGCUCAAAAGGCCAAGUUUGAAAAGGCCCCGGAAGAAGAAGAGGAAGACGAGUUGUCGAUGACCGUCGAGCCUCCUGCGCCGGCUGAGCCGACUCAAGCAGAAAAGCCGGUCGACAUGGAAGAAGACGAGAUCAGCACCGCCACUGUUAUCACGACGACGAGCAAGACCGCCCGUACGAGUACUGGCAAAAAGCGUGGCCGCCCGUCCAAGAAGUCCUUGGAGGCCCGUGCUUCCCUGGAAGCUAGCAAGACAGAAGAGGUUGACAUGGUGGAGAUGGAGAAAGCCAGGGCCGAUCCAGAGCCGGUUGCUGAGCCUGAAGUCGAGCAUGAGGAGCUCGUUGAGCCGGAACCCGAGGCUGACGCCGAACCCCAACCACAACCCGAAGCCGCAGUAGAGGUCGAGGUCGAGGAAGAAGCAGAGGAAGACGAGGAGGAGGUCGAUGAGGCUGACGAGGUCGACGAGGUCUCCGCUAGUCAGUCAUUCACAUCCGCUCGCCAGACACCAGCACCUGCCCAGCCUGAAGAGAAAUCCGAUGGUCCGCAGGAACCUGAGGACGACCACGAAGAAACUGAAGCAGAAGAAGAGGAGCCAGAAGAGGAGCCGGAACCACAGGCCGAGCCUACUCCUGAAAAGCCAAAGUCAAAGAAGACCAGCAUUCCUCUGGCAACAUCUUCACCAGUAGUCGCUGCGCCUGCGCGCCGCAGUCUGCGACAACAAUCUGGCACUCCACGAAUCUCCCCUGCACAGUCGGCUCGCCAGGCGGCAGUAUCGCCAUCCCCAUCCCCCCAAUCUUCGGAUGCUGAGAACCAGCCUCCUUCCUCAAGAUCGGCGACCGCAAAGAAGCGUGUCACGCAUGCAGUCCCCUCAUCCACGCCGGUCCGACCCAGCUCGCCGACCAAGCGUAAGGUGUUGGCUAGCCUCCAGAGCACAACGCCCUGGAACCCGGUCGACAUCGACCUCAUCUUCGGCUCGCCGGAGAAAUCAGACAAGAGGAAUGCUGUCGACAGGCUGUUGCACAAGGGGACAGAGCUCACAAGCCCCGAAAAGAGGAUGACGGUCGAGGAGUGGAUCCACUUCAACGCGAACCAGGCGGAAGAGAGGCUGCGCCAGGAGUGCGAGGCAAUGGUCAGCAAGUUUGAAAACGAGGGCACCAAGGCGAUGAAUGUUUUGGAGGGUCUGAUUGUGGAGUAA